AUGAUAAAGGUCAACAAAGCUUUGAAGGGAAUAAUGGAGGGAACCUCGGCUGUGAGAAAUGAACGUACUAUGAAGGUGGUUGGUUUUGGGGGGGGGGGGGGGGGGGGGGGGGGUUUCUCUUUGUUGGGGUCGGAUGGGUGGGUUCCCGGGGGAGAGGUGGAAUGGAAGAAUCGAGCACUCGCUCAGGAAUGGAUUUCUUGGCUGCACGGAGAGAAAAUUCUCGAGGUGUUCGGAAUGGGCAAAAAUAUCGAGGAGACUUUUGCGUUGCCGAGGAGGACUGCUAUUUAUCGGAAUGAUGAUGGACGAAUGUUCUUCGAGGGAGGUUUCGAAGCUUCGGGUGUGAUGAAUGGCUCGGGGUUGGUUCUGUCUACAAUGGCCAAGAGAACGGAUGUGAGAAAAAUCGCGACAAACCUCGAAAUUUUCUCGCUUGCUGCAAGAGCUUAUUACUGCUUGGAGCCGCGGAGUCCACGGCGAGCAGCCUUACUGAUGAUCAAGUAUCUCGAGCGGAGCGACGGAGUGGCGCUUGAGAACUUUUGCUGGUCGUGUCGUAUCGUGCUGGUCGUAUCGCAUAGUGGUAUUGGCUUUCGCCACUCUAGACUGAUAGACUUCUUAUACAACUCUCGUCGCAAGCUCCUCGAAAUCCCAGAAGCGCCACGACCGCAGCAGGAGAUGUCAUCGGAUUCUGCGAGCACCCUAGAAGAAGUUUCGUCGAAACUAGAAUUUGCUGCGGCCGAGAUACUGCGGGGAAGCCCUGUUGUCCGCGAGGCUGUCCCUGUAAAAUAG